AUGCAGCUGCCGAAGAACGAGUCAACAUUCCUGCUCUACCUGAUGGAGAGAGGGACGAAGAUCGGAAGCAGCGCGCUGUCGAAGAUCUCGGCGGCGUAUCAAGCGGCAAACGAUGGGAUUUCCAAGAUUGGAGCGGCUUUCGUGGCGGACGUCAUCAAGAUGAAGAGAAGGCUCGAGAUUCCGUUGAAAAAGAAGCCAGUCGAGGUGACUUUGGAGGAUGUCGAAAAGAUCACACAGUUGGCGAUGCAGUCAAACAGUCCGGCGGGCGAUCGGGAUGCCUUGCUGGCGAUUCUGUCGUUCCAUGUGAUGUUGAGGGCGUCUGAGGCGGCGGAGAUCAAGUGGGACGGUGUCACUCAAACAGGAGAUCUGAUCGAGGUAAUCGUUGAUAAGGCGAAGAACGAUCAGAUGGCUCUGGGACGUCGAUCGUACUUCAACUACAAACCGGGCAGCGACGCGGACAUUCUGAUGUGCAGGUGGCGACUCAGAAGCAAGAAGAAGACGUGCGAGUACGUGUUUUCGAACUUGGAGGGAUCCAAACGUCUGUCGAAGCAAUCGAUCUCGGCCCUGGCUUCGAAGAUGCUCAAGGCGAUCGGGAAAACGGGAGCGACGCGCCACGGAUUCAGACGAGCUGGAGCGAACUACUUGCGAGCGAAAGGACUUUCGAUGGAGGAGGUGCGGUGCAGAGGACGUUGGAGAUCAGCAGAGGGACUACAGAGGUACUUGAAGGACAUCCCGGAAGCCAAAGCAUGCAAUUCAACGGACAACGGAGCUGGAAGGGAAGCGGACGAGUCCGAAUCGGACGAAGAAUGA